AUGGAUUCCAUCAUCAUCAUGAGCGAGCCCAACAUGAACGCAAGCGAGAUGUUCGAGAUGCUUGCUUCGACCUACGAGGCUGCAACCGGUGGCUGCACCCGCGAAGUUGCCAUGCACCUCAUCGACAUGUUGCCCGCAGUCGAUUCGAACUGCUUCGUGCUGGAUAAUGCAUGCGGAAAUGGUAUAGCUGCGCAGGAGCUUUUGUACAAAUACCCAGACACUCCGCUCAAGGCAGCCUGUGUCGAUAAUGCGAAACCGAUGGUCGAUCUAGCACGCCGCGCCCUUCCAGCUACACCCUCCGCAGCAACUUUGUCCUUCGACGUGAUGGAUGGGGUCAGUCUGGCUUUCCCUGACGAGACGUUUACGCACUCCAUCACCAACAUGGGUAUCAUGUUCUUCUCUGACGGAGAAAAGGGUGCGGCUGAGAUCUAUCGCACUCUUAAGCCAGGAGGAACGGCUGUUGUCACCACCUGGAAGUCUACAGGCCACAUGGCUGUUGUUCAUGAAGCGCAGAAAGCCGUCAAACCAGACGACCCGCUAUUCCGCUGGCCUGUUGCGGAUGAGUGGUUCGAAGCUUCGCAUAUAAAGAAGAUCAUGGAGGGCGCAGGGUUCAAAGAUGUUGAGAUGUACGAGAAGACAGUAUACUAUGCAUCGAAGACUGCGGAGGAGACUUGCGGCUAUAUGCUUGGUAUGUGGAAGAAUAUGGGGCCAAAGUGGACUGAUGAAGAGAACGAGGAGUUCGCGAAGCAGUUGAACCUUGCUGGAAAGAAGGCAGCGGUAAAGAUCCAGAGGCCUUUGAAUGGGCAGAAGGGUGCGGAUGUGGUUGAGGUGGAGGGUUUUCCCUGUGUCGCGCUUGUCGCUGUUGCGAAGAAGUGA